GGUACAACGCUCUGUAUUGUUUCGGCGGCGUCUGUCUGUGUUUAUUUACAUUUGUUCCAUGCACAAUUUCAGUUUUUUUUCUCUUGUUUUUUACGUUAUCUAUUCGAUGCUACAAUGCCGGGCUGUCAACCUGAAUUCUAAAAACAAUUAAAGAAUUAAAACUACAACAAAACGAAAGCAGCUCAGCCAGAAGCAGUUUUAGAGCAGCAACAGCUGAGGGUGGAAGCGGCGGCCAAAACCCGUAGGAAGAAGAUGUCAUUGACGAAAAAGGAUCCAUCGCUGCGUGUUGCCGCCUCCGAUCCGCAUCUGGUUAGUCUGGGCGGUGGUCGCUUGAGUACCGCCGUGACCUUACACUACAUACACAUUGGGGAUACGACCAUUGGAUCGGCGGGUACGUGUAGCAUCUCGUUAAAUGGAAGCGGUGUUCGGCCGCUGCACUGCACCAUCUUCAGGAGCGACGACAACGAGGUGACCCUGGUGCCGGAGCAGGAAGCGCGACUGCUCAUCGACGGCGCCCCCAUACUGGAGGAGACGAAACUCAGCCAGGGGGCGAUGAUCACCAUCGGCAAUUCGAAUUACUUGCGCUUCAACAAUCCCGCAGAGGCGCAGAUGAUGCGCUCGGCCAUGGGCUCCAACGAGCGGAUUUCCAUGCCACAGAUCGACUUUACACAGUCCGCGCGACAGGCCCACGAGCUGAAUCAGUCGCUGGAGCUAGAGUCCUUCUACGAGAGCAUCAUCAAUCCCAUUAAGCACACAGGAGUCCACUCCACUGGUGAAUAUGAGCAGCUGGAAUGCCCGAAGGUCUUUAGUUCCGACCUGGUCACCGUCAAUAUGCCCGCCAAGGAUGUGCUCGGCCAGAAGUAUGCGAGCUUUGCCCGCAAUCUCGCCGAGAAUCAUCGCAACGAGAAGCAAAUGAACAAUCAAUAUGCCAAAGGAGCAGGAGUCGGGAACAAUUCCGGCUACUGGAACGUACCCACCAAUGCGAGCAUCUACCAGGAGCAACAGCAGCAGCAACAGCAGCAGCAGCAGAAGCAUCAUCAACAACAACAAAUGCAUCCGGAUCUGCUUACUAAGGUGAACAACGACCGCUAUGAUCGAUAUCCCAAGCCAGGCGGCUUCCAGAUCUACUCCAUGAAUGGCGUCAACAAUGACAUCAACAAUGGAAGUGGCAAAGGAAAUGCUAGUGCAAAUCAAAGUGGAAGUGGAGGCGCUGAGCUGGAGGAUAUGCUUAAGAUCUGCACGGAGUAUGCGGACAGGAACACAUCUGCUGGAGUUGCGCCCCCUGCUGCCUCCCACAAUACAUCGAGCACCUCCAGCAUCACCUCAUCGCCGAUUGUACAGAAUCGAAUCAAGACAAAUGGCUCCCUGCCGCGGGACAAAAAGUCACCAUUCCCACAGCAGCCCAGUGGCGGGAACGGGAGCGGCAGCAGCGGCACCAACAACACCAAUCUCUCGCUGCUGAGCAGCACCUCUGGCUAUGAGAAUGUACGCCUGCUGGGACCCAAUCGCGUGGAGAUAAAUGGGCAGCUGCACGUGUCGGCAUCUGCAUCGGGAAGCGCAGCCACAGUGGGGAGUGGAGGAGCUGGCCCCAGCCCAGCGGUUCGCUCGAGCCAUGAGAAUUUGGGGAAUAUCAGUGGCGGUGGCAAGUAUGUGCCACAGAGUCCCAGGACCAAGAUACGAACCAACUGCAUGUCCCCCAAAAAGGAUGUCUCUUUUGGCAGCGCCUUUGCUCUGGCAACCAACACAACACAAUCGCCACCGCCGCCACAGAACACCGCUGGAGCAAUUUCAGCGAUGGUCAAGCCACCGCUGGCACCCAAACCCCCAGCGCCCAACCAGCAAAGGGACUAUGAGCAGCUCUUCAAGUCGUUUGAGCGCAAGCAACAGCAGCUGGACCGCCUGGUGCCGCCGGUCAAGCGCACCAACAAGAAUGUCAAUAAUCUCACCCUGAAUCUGAAUCCCGCCGAGUCGCAAUCGCCCAAAACCAACCGCAAGCCGGAGCCGGCGCCGCGCAGCAUACACAUCGAGCAGCGGCAUCGCCGAGAGCUCAUGCAACGGCGCAAGCAGCUAAAGACAGAACUGGCUGAACUGCCGCCAUCCAGCGGCAGCACACAGGAUAAUCCCGAGAUGGAACCGCAGCAGGUUGAGCAGCAGCAGGUGACGCCACUUUCGCCGCGACUGCAACUUCAGGCGCUGCAGAAUCGUAUACGCCGCCUGGAGGCGCAGCGGAAUGCCACACGCGUGAUGGAGGAGAAUCAGCAGGCAAAGCUAAAACAGUCCAUUGAAAUGAAACAGGAUCAGAUGCAAAAACUGCGGGCCAUGCUGAAGCAGAAACCGAAUAAUGCCUGCCUCAAGGAGGAGCAGCAGUUGGUGUGCGAGUCUCUGGAGUGUGAUCGGAAGACGUUCGAGGAUCUGGAGUUUCAGUACUUUGAAGAGGAGUCUGAGCAUCAUGCCAUCCAUGAGGAGCUCAAGCGUCAGGAGCAACGCCUCACGCUUGAGUCAGAGCUGGCCGCCUUGCGCAUUCAGCUGGGCCCCGAUGACGAAGAGCAGCAGCCCACCACCUCAAAUAAAUGCGCUUCGGGUCCCCCAGUCUCUCCAGGCAGCAGCGGCAGCAAUCUGGUCAACGGUGUCAUGUCACAGUCUCUGUUUGGAUCAGCGGAACUGCUCUGCCUCAAGGCACGCCACCAGGAGGAUCUAAUGUCGAAGAGCGUGAAUGAGAAUAUGUUCUACAACCACAAGAUCGAGGCUACCACCAGCACACCGAAGCGAAUGCCUCUGCAACUUUAUGAGGAUUCAGUUGCGACUGCAAGUGGCAGUGGCAGUGGCAGUGGCAGCGGCAGCUAUGAGCAAAUCAGCUACAAUCUGUCGCUGCAAAGUGAUCGCUUCGAGGUCAAUCCACUGGAGCGUCGCGUGCCCUCGCAGGAUGACAUCGAUCGCAUAUGCAAGGUGGCCAAUGAUGCACCAAUUUCGACCAGUCAGGGAGCCAGUACCAAGAUCUUCGAUAGCUUCAAGGAAAUCGAACGAAACAGGAAACUUUUGCUGGCCCAGCAGGGUCAUCAGGUUAUUGAGCAUGAGCGACAAAAGAUGUAUGACCUCAAGAAGAAAUGUCACGCAGAGGCACGCACACAAUAUCUGCUAUCCACACAGCACUCGAUGGAGCAGAAACAACUAGAGCACCAGCAGAAGCAGCUGCACCAACAGUUCGAAGCAGACGCCAACGGCGGCAAAGAUGCAAAAUUGUUUGAGAAAACGGAACUGCAAAAGCUCAGCGGCCUCGAGGAGGAUGCAGCAGAUAGCAAGCAGAAGCAGCAAGAACAAGAGCAGAAUCCAAACAGCGAUAAGGAAAAUAGCGGUCAGAGCAGAAAGUCCAUCGGCAGCAGCCCCUCGGCCACCACCACAGCAACAGCAACAACAACAACAACAACACCCCAACAGCAACGCCACUCACAGCCGGAGCUGGAGCAUCAUGCCAUUGCGAUGGGCAGUGGAUCACCAGCACAGUUGAUGGCACGCAGUCCGCGUCCCCUGUCGGAGGCCAACAAUUGUGACGCAACAAUUGAGGCGCCCAAAUUUGCAAAUGGAAGCAGCAGCGGUGGCAUGGAAUUGUCGGCCAUCGAAAACAAGCGGGCGAGCAGCAACAGCAAUUCCCAGGACACGGCAUCGGCGGGCAGUGGCAGUGGGAAUAGUGGCAGCGGCGGCAGCACUGCCAGCGAACGGAAGCGUGUCCUGCCCAAGCAUCAGCGCCCCCUGACCCGUUACCUGCCCAUCUUCUCGCCAGAUCUCAAUCUGAGGCAUCACAUUGAGACCGCUGGCCACCAGAUCGAUCUCUGUCCGCAUGUCUUUGUCGAUGCGCACAGCUGUCGAGGAUAUCUACACAAGCUGGGGGCCACGUUCCAUGCGUGGUCGAGGCGUUGGUUUGUCCUGGACAGACAGCGCAGUGCCCUGAUCUACUACUCGGACAAAUCAGAGAGGAAGCCAAGAGGCGGUGCCUACUUUGCAACCAUAGACGAGGUGUAUUUGGAUCAUUUGAAUGCAUCGAAGAGCGGACGACCACAUUGCACGUUUAUUGUGAAGACCAAGAAGCGGAGCUACAACCUUCAGGCAGCCUCCGAUUCAGCGGCGCGCAUUUGGAUAGAUGCCAUCAUAACAGGGGCCCAGGGAAAUCUGGAUUACUAGGCGCCCGCCAUUCGCACCCAAUUAAUUUAACUUGAAACUUUAUGCCCAGUGGCCAAAACAGCAGGAGAGAAGGCUCAACCCUCUAGCCAUGUAAGACCCACAACAGCAAACAAACAAAUAGCUCAAGCCAGGCGGAUUCCUGACUGGCAACAUAAAUUAGAAACUUUACUCUUUUGGCGAACUAACGAAAUCCGAGAUUUCAAAACUGGACCAAAGUCAAGAAAUGUAUUUUUUAUAUGGAAUAUAUGCUUAGAUAUGAAUGAUAAUGAUGAUGUAUUUAUCUACUUUAUAUUUACUACAUAAAGAUGUACUUGUAAUGGUUUUAAUUUGUCAUUAUUUAGUUAAGAAAUAAUACAUCUAUUUUUCUAUAGCCUGUAUAUAGAGUAUAUAUAGAAAGAAAUGUGUAUACAAUACAAACUUUAUGGAAAGGAAAAGAAAAAGCCCAACGCUACUGACACAGCCAUUUCAUAGUGUAAUCAGAAACACAUAAUGAGUACAUCCUAUCAACCAUUUUGAAUAAUUAC